AUGUUCCGCCAUUGUUGUUUUGCCGCUGCUGCUCCAAAUGUGAUUCCAGGUCCCCACUGUGCAGCUCGGCCCUUUCAGGUUUUCCUGAUAAGCUGCAUUGCACGGUGGAACGCGGAUGCAGUGUUUGGUGGCAAAGGACCGCACUACAGGGUAUACUCCGCGCCACUGAUCAACUGCCUCAACACCUGGUGUCAGAAGCUGUUUGGAGAAACCAAGGAGCUGCUCGGGUUGGAGUACCUCUUCAGCCAGAGCAUGGGCGAAUCGGGGCCUCCUUGCUCCAGGAUAUCGUCAGAGAUGGCGUUCUGGAUGUCGCCCCGUCCCGCAUCACUCUCCACGGCCGAUGACAACUCCACUGUAAACCCACCGGCAUUUGAGGAUGCCUGCAGUCCUAACCCUCUUCCUGGCUUUCAAAAGCUUGAAACCUUCUGUUCCUUGCUGGUGGAGAUCUGCCUUGCUGAAAACAAGCUUUCACUUACCACUGAGCAGCGGUGCAAAAUCCUUGAGGCCUGGAAUGCAGGCAGGAACAUGAUAAGCAGCCACAGAAGUUUAAUCAGCUGUACAGGACCCACAGGGGUAACACCCUCUACUGUCGGACGAAAAGGGAUGAUGGAUGUCAUCCAUAGGGUCAAGAUGGCUAAGCGUUACGCGCCGGCUCAACAAGACAUCGGUUCUCAGCACAACAGGCACAUCAGUACGUACUGGUGAAACUGCUGUGGUUGCAAACUCCUCGAUCAUCUCACACCAGCCUGGAGAAUCAUCAUGUAAUGCUCUUCGGUCAGGUACCGGUUACUGUUCCAGCCUCAUUGCUCUCUUUGGCAGUGUCCAUGUUGCCUGCCAGUCAGACGUGCAAAUCACAGCACUGGCACAUCUGUCAGCUGGGCAAGAUCUACUUACUAUAACCGUAAGAGGAAACACCCAUCAGAAUUAGGAGCUAAACUGUCAAGGGUGCAAAGUCUCCCAGUUUGUACACUCUGUGGCCAAUCAUCAAAGGGACAUAAAUACAAAAAAAAAAACUUUCUGCUCUGCAAAAAUGACGUUCCCAUCGAAAGUACUGGAAAAACAGGGGGUAUGUAUGUUACCAACACUCUGUUGUCGACCAGCUGAAAUCUGAAGGGCUGUACAAUCUGUAGUGUGUUUGUGUUUUUCCCAGUUAGUGCAUUAUGUGGAGUGAUGUGUGUGUGUGUGUGAUGUGGAGAAAUAAUGUGACCUCUAUUCUAGUACACAACUAUUAUAAUUACAAAUUAUUUUGUUUAAAAUUUUCAACAGUAAAGCUAGUACAUAGUUGGAUUUCAUUGUAUAAAUUGUAAAUUUUUUUAUACUAAUUUAUUACUUUUUUCUUAAUCACAGUCAAUGAUUUUGUACUUGCUACACUUUUCAAGUGUUGCCCAUUUUGCUCUUUGUUCCAAUAAAUCUAUUUUACUUAAU